UCAGAGAAAGCUGACGAAGCAACUCCGACUGCGAGAUGGCAGAAGUCGCCCCACCCGCCGCCCCGGCCGCCGCGGCCGCCUCAGCCAAACCGGCCAAAGCCGGCAAGAGUAAAAGUACCAAGCCGAGGAAGAAGUCCGGUCCCGGCGCCAAAGAGCGCAUCCUGAAGGCCGUGGCCGCCUCCAGAGACCGGAAAGGCGUCUCUUAUGUUUCCUUGAAGAAGCUGCUGGCUGAUGGAAACUACGACGUGGAGCACAACGCGUCCCACAUCAAGCGCGCCAUCAAGAGCCUGGUCAAGGACGGAACCCUCGUGCAGACCACCGGGACCGGAGUGUCCGGCUCCUUCAAACUCAGCAAGACCGCCGCGAAGCCCAAGAAGGAGGCAAAGAAGGUCAAGAAGCCAGCAGCCAAGAAGCCAGCGACCGGUACCAAGAAGCCAGCGACCGCAAAGAAGCCAAAAGUCAAGACCACACCCAAGAAGAAACCUGCAGCCAAGAAACAAUCCCUGAAGACCAAGCCCAAGACCAAGACCCCGACGAAGACGGCAGCCAAGAAAUCUGCCACCCCGAAGAAACCUUCCACCAAGAAACCUGCUGCCAAGAAGGCCUCCAAGAAACCUGCUGCCAAGAAAGCUCCUGUCAAGAAACCUGCUGCCAAAAAAGCCAAAGCUAAGGCCCCAGCAAAGAAAGCAGCGAAGAAGUGAACAAGCUGUGAUUUACACACAAACGGCUCUUUUAAGAGCCACCCAAACGUUACUCGGAGGAGCUCACUUCCUGUCCUGUCUCUCUGUCUCACCUGUUCACAUAGUUCACAUAACAGCCAAUGACCGCACAGCUGGACCACAGGUGCUGACAGCGCAGUGAAGGUCAGUCUUCAUCACCUGUAUGUGCUGCUUCAUCUGCAUUUAUCACACUGUUGUUGUUGAAGUAGAGGAGGCUGUCAGUGAUGAGGAGGGUGAAGAUGAUUAUGGUGACACAGUGCCACAAACUUUGCUGCUGAUCCAAUAAUCUCACAUGAAUUAAUAGUUGAAGUACACUUCGAUGUGCCUUCACUAUAAAACACACACACAUUUUUUACAAACUGUCACUGAUGCACCGCCCUGCAAACACGUUUUAUUUUAAAAGUGUCUAAAAGUAAUAAUUAAUAUGUGAUCCGUAAGAACAUCAGCCCUCUAAUAUCAGAAAUUAAAUAAACACUCGUUUUUUCUCAGUAAACAGUUUUUUCCUUUCUUCCUCUGCUCCAAUCAUGAGCUGCUAUAUCACGUGCGUGCAUCUGACCAAUCAGCUCGGGCUCUGGCUGGCACCGUCGAAGAAGAGAGUUGCGACACGCACUGACGUCGGUCACGUGGUUCACGCUGCUCUCACUAGUUCCGUCCGCAAACCUGUUUGAAUGGUUUCCAGCCGGACGGACAGCAGCAGCUUUCGGUCAAUAUUAACUCAUACUGUGAUUGAAUCGAUUAGUGAGUCUAUUGAUUAGCAGGUGUCGCUGACUUUAUUUGCAUUGAAUAAAGCAUUU